UCUGUCGAUCUGCUAGUACUAAGAUUUGUAGUUAUGUAAAUUCCAUUCUGUAACUUAAGCUCCUCCUUCAGCCUCUGACCUCAUGGCUCGGUAGUAUUGUUUCUGUGUUGCUUUACCUCUCAUGCAUUCAUCCCAAACACAUGAUUCAGAGCAUACCAGAGUAUAUUCCCGGCUUUGUGGUUUACGAGGCCGAUUCAAGUAGGAUUAAAUGUCUGUUGAGCUGUCACAUACUUGAAUCUGUAGCAGGACAGAUAGAGAGACGAGACACACACACUCUCUCUCCCUCCCUCCCUUCCUGUGCAUGUGUGUGUGUGUGUGUGUGUGGGUAGUUCUUAUAUUACUACAGUAAAUACAAGAUAGUAUA